AUGGGGAGGAGGAGUAUGGCCAGUGAGGACUGCUGCGUGCGGCCGCGGCUGGGCCUGGCCCUGGCCGUGGCCGUGGCCGUGGCGGCAGCAGCUGUAUCCUGGCAAUUUGGCCGCCGAGGGGCGGCGGCGGGUCCCCGGCUGCUCCGCGCCGCCGAGCUGGCCCGCUAUCGCGGCGGCGAUGCUGAGCCUGGCCUCUACGUGGCGUUGUUGGGCCGCGUGUUCGACGUGGCCACCGGGAGGGCCCACUACGCGCGGGGCCGCGCCUAUAGCAGCCUGGCAGGUCGAGACGCCUCUCGAGCAUUUGUGACAGGCGACUUCUCAGAGGAGGGGCUGAGCGAUGACGUGUCUGACUUGUCCCCUCGGGAGAUGCUGGUCCUGCGGGACUGGCUCCUGUUCUACGAGAAGAACUACCCCUUCAUAGGGAAGCUGAUUGGGAGGUUCUACGCGGAGGACGGGGAGCCCACACCUGCCCUCGUCCUGGCCGAGGCCACCAUGGCCCAGGGAGUCGCGGCCAGGGACGAGGAAAAGCAGCGGAGACGGCAGUUCCCGGCAUGUAACUCCGAGUGGAGCUCGGGCAGCCCGGGCCGGUUCUGGUGCUCCAGGCAGAGCGGAGGCGUGCCCAGGGACUGGACGGGGGUGCCCAGGAAGCUCUACCAGCCAGGCGAGAAGCAACCGCGGUGCGUGUGUGUGAGGACCAGGGGGCCCCCCACGGGCCAGGUGGGGGCUGCCAGCCACAGCGACCGCGGGGAUCUGGACAACCCGAGUCUGCAGGAGUACCCGGGCUGCCCACCACUGGCCAGCAGCUGCACCAUGAGAGGCUGAGGCCAGGGCUGGGGCUGAGAAGGGCCCCUCACCCUCCUUCCCGAGGGCUUCUGGGAGGAGACGCCUGAGCAGAGGGAGGGAGAAGCCCCUGGAGAGCAACCCUGAUCAAGGCCUCUGGAGCCUCCAGAGAAAUCAGCCAGGAGCAGUGCCCAGGCUCCAGGCUUCCACCUUUGGCCAAGGGGGAGGGGGGGGAGGAAUCUGGAGGGACUGAGCAGGGCCAAAGCCUGUGGGGCCCCCAUCCUCGAGUCAUAGCUUCAGCAGUGAAAGCCGCUGAGCUGAGCACUGAGGAGGCUUAAUCAAGACCAAAUGAGCACAGCCGUUGGGCAGCCCAGUGGAUGGAGAGCCAGGCCAGGGAUGGGAGGUCCUGGGUUCAAGUGUGGCUCUGACACUUCCUUGCGGGGUGACCCUGGGUGAGUCACUUGCCACCCCCCCUCCCCCAGUGCCUGACCCUCACCGCUCUCCCUUCUUGGGAUUGAUCCUGAGGCGGAAGGGAAGGGCCAGAAGAAAUAAAGCCUGGUGGCUCACUUGGCA